UUAACACUGUGCAUAUGCUGAAAAAUGGCUGACACUUUUAAUUGCCGAAUCAAGUGAUUGUUUUAGUGUAUUUUGCUUGAUUUAAUGCUAAAAUAUGCACAAAAUUACUUAAAUCUAAAUAACGAAUAUAAUUUAAUGCUAUACUAAUUUAAUACAUGUGUUGAAACACAUUAAAAAGAAAAGACUGCGCACAAAGCAACUGCACAAUAAAUUAAUUCAAAUGAUGAACAACCAUUUUCACUUGCAACCACACGACCACAGCAACGCGCCUCCAAAUGUUGCGCCGCAAUUUGCUGGCGCUGUCGCAGCACCAACAACAUACAGUUAUUUAACACAGCCAGCAGCCGCGACGACAAAUCCACAGCAAUGGCUAACCUAUCAAAUACUGCCGCCUCCUCCACCGACCCUCGCAACAAAUGCUGGCGGUGGGCUAACGCCAACAAUAGGUGGCGCCAAGCGUUAUUAUGCAAACACAACCACAACAGCAGCAGCGCCAACGCAUCCCAGCAGCAUUCAAAUAACCAACAACUAUACACAGCAGCAGCACCAGCAAACGCAACCGCCGCAGUCGAGUCCCUUUAAGGCCAAUAACAUAAACAAUAUACGCAUUAUAAGCACAGCACCCAAUGUGUAUAGUUUAAAUAAAACGGCUGACCAGUUAAAUCAGCUGUAUGCCACGCCCACAUCAACCACAGCCGUAACUCCUGCAACAGAACUAUAUGCGCCAGUUGGUGCCUACUAUGCAGCAACGCCAAAUCUGCAGCCCAAACUGCAGCCACCGCCGCUGGUGCCGGUGAGCAGCAACAGCAAUAACGUUGCGAUUGGAAGUGUGCCGAGCAACGGCGCACCCUCUUCUACGGUGGUGCUGGAUCGCAUUAACAUAUGCAUCAACAAUCACUAUACAGAACCAAAUUUAUGCCAGCCCUCGCCCAUCAUACCCGCUAUACAGCAUAAGGCGCUGCUGCCACUUAUCGAUAGCAGCACAGCUGACAGCAGUUGCAGUAGCAGCAGCAGCUGCUCGAAUGGCCGCAGCAGCAGCAGCGCCGCUACAGCCGCUGUUAUAGUGAUAGACGAGCCGGACUCCACAACAACAACCCCGCAUACGCCGCCCACAACGCCAGAAACUUUGAGCUCGCCUAUUAAGUCGCCGGGCAGCAACAGUAGCUGCGUGCUCUUGCCAACGACACAGCUGAAGCAGAGCUUCACUACAGUCACGCAGAGCAUUGAGGAAGUAGCUGAAGUUUCAGUGGCUGCAGCAGCACCACUCACACCCCCCACACCGCCGCCGGCAGCACCCAGUCCUGCUCCGAUUAGCUAUGCGCUGCAAGAGGACGUGUUCAUUAAAUGCAACGAUGGACGCUUCUAUUUGGGCACCAUAAUUGCACACUCCGAAGAACAGUAUCUGGUGCGUUUCGACGACAAGUCGGAGCAAUGGUGCGAGCUGGAGAAGCUGCGCAAAUUGGGCAACGAGCCUAGUACGGGUGCCGCUACCAGCCAAAGCGGACCCAUGUGCGUGGCCUGUAAGCGUGCACAACACGAGGAUAUUGUUGAAAUUUGCGAGCGUUGCGGCCGUGGCUAUCAUCGUGGCUGCACCACAGAAAUCGCCAGCGGUAUUUGGUGCUGCAAGCGUUGCGCAAAGCCCAUGAAAAUGCAGCCAGCACUUGAGGCCAACAAACCGCCAGGCAUUUGCCGUCAGCUACCCUAUCAUGCGGACAAGCUCAGCUGGGAUGAAAAGCAUCGCGUGAAUGAAGAGCAAAUAUAUUGCUAUUGCGGCAAACCUGGCAAAUUCGAUCACAACAUGCUCCAAUGCUGUAAGUGCAGGAACUGGUUUCACACCCAAUGCAUGCAGAACUUUAAGCGCAAGCUGCUGCGCGGCGACAUCUUCUUUGUGUUCUGCUGCACUGUGUGCAACGAUGGUGUUGAGUUUGUGCGUCGCCUGCAAAUUGAUUGGGUGGACAUGCUGCACAUAACGCUUUACAAUUUGCGCAAGCAUCAGCAUCAGAAGUAUCAUCACUUGUUGAAGGAUAUUUGGCCGUUUAUACUGGAGCAGCGCCAUCAGUUGCCCAUUUGCGAGGAGUGGCGCCAGUUGCCUGAGACGGCACUCAUGGAGCGUAUAAAGCAAACGCUUAAAGAGUAUUCGGAUCGUUUCGUCUGUGGACGUGAAUUUAAGCGUGCGCCGGCUUACUACGCGUUGCGUCACAGUGGACCACCACUGACACCGCGCGUGUUCCUGCAACCGGAGGAGGUGCUCUGCGAUGAGCUGUUAGUGAACAAGUUUAAAUUGCUGCUGAUGCCAGAAGAAGAACAGGAGCUGGAGCCGAAGACACUUGAAGAGGAAGCGACCAAAACUGUGGCUACCAAGGAUGUGUACGAGUUUCAUACGGAUGAGGACGAGGAGGAGGCGGCCGAGGCAGAGGCUGAAGCCGAUACCAGCGAAGAUGAAAUACCCAUCAAGCAGAUUAUGGAGAAGGCCAAAAAACAAAACAAGCAGCAGCCUGCGAUAACAAACGAAGAUCAGCAGCAGAUAAGCAACGCCCAGAAACGCACGCCUGAUUUGGCCGAUGACAAUGCCAACGAUGGUGAACCUGGCAAAUUGUUGGCACCCGUACCACCUCAGCUCGAUGUAACCGUCAACGGCAACAGCAACAGCCGCAAACGCAAGGCAUUCCGUUUGUCGAAACGCUACGACAACAGCCGCAACUGUGAUCUCUCUUCAGAUGAGAAUUCGAGCAGCAGCCGUGGCACCAGCUCGCUGGAUCUCAUCAUACCGCCGCCGGCCAAUUUUCUCGGUCGCAACAAUCCCUUCUUGAUGGCCACACCCAAAAAAUCAGCACAACAGCGCAAUGGAAGCGUUGGCGCCGGCGCAGCUGGAGUUGCCGGCAUCAUCAAUAGCAUUUUCAAGCUUAAGAGCGUAAAGCAGUUGAGCAGCAUUGAGCUGGCCAAGGCAACGGCGGCCGCGAACCAGCCGCGCAUGGUGCGCACCAUAAAGCGAAGACUGAGUGCCAAAGAUAUUACCAUUGGGCCCAAUCAGGAGGUGCGCAGAAGACGCACUCGACGCCUGACCACGGCCAUUGAGGUGAUCAACACUACAACAAUCAAUCCUAUACCCAGCCACUACUUUCCCAUUUAUGCCAAAGAUUUGCAGCCGCCGGCCCCGCUGCUGCCGCCAGAGAAGCCAACCCAUGGUCGUUUGCUGCGCCAGCGACCUCAAAAGUCGCGCUGCGGCACGCCAACGAACAGUCGGCGCAACUCCACAAGCUCCACGGUAACCAAUGGCAGCAGCAGCACCAGCAGCGGCGGUGCGCCAGCCAAUGGAAAUUCAAUGCUUGACCUAAAGCAAUCGGUGAACAGAUACUUUGGUGGCGCCAUGAAUCGCAUCGAUGCCGGCGAAUCCUUUGCCAUACGCGCCAAACGGCGCAUGGGCAAUGGACAGGUGCAGUAUUUGGUGGAGUGGGGUAGCGAUGCUGCUGUUGCUGUUACAAGCGGAACUCCAAGUGGAAACUGAGACUUUGGCACAUGAUGCGUUUACUGAUUACUUAUUACUUUCAUUUUAUGGUAUUUUCUCAUUUAUUGUUUAAGCCGAAAGUUUUCUGCCAGGUUUUUGGGCCCAAUUUUUGUUUUGUUAAUCUUUAAAAACGCCACUGCCAAAAUAGGAAAAAUGUUUAGUACGAAAUGUUUUUGGCAUUAAAAAAAAAAAAAAGUACGCAACUGAAUACAGGUUUUAAUUGUGCAAUGGCAGUUUCUUGUUGAAAUAGGUAAAAUGUAACUGAAACAUCAUUUUCUUUGUAAAUCGAUUUGGCACUUGAAAGUAUUACAACAUUAAACUGAAGCUAUUGUUUAAAUUUAUUGCUUAAUAUGGGGAAACGUAUUGAAAUAUAUCAAUAAAUACAUUUAAUCGCCAGAAUUGAAAGCAGUUUGCUGUAUAGAAUUAAGUUUCAGUUCCAACUACUUUAUAGCUAUUACUACAUUCAUACAUAUAACUAUAUAUAUUUUUGAAAAAUAUAUGUACUGUACUUGAACUUAAUACAUAAACUUAAACAUACAAAUUACAAAUCAUGUUAUGCAUACAAAAUAUAUUUGAGGUAUACUACGCAUUAAAAGAUCGAGGUAAAGCAAAAGAAAAAUACAAAUUAGGGCUAAUUAAAUUUACCCAUA